ACCUUGAAAUAUUGCUGGAUUUCAAAUAACGCAUUCGUCGUGGAUUGGUCUGGUUUUGGCGUUCGUGGUGUGGCCGGGGCGUCAGAUAUGAUUAUAAACGGGUCAUGAUCGUGGUGAGGGCCAAUUUUUAGAUCGUGUUCGAAACAAGUGAGUUGUCAUUGCCGGAUCAUCCAAACCCAUGAUGGAUUUUGAACAAGAUCGAACUUGGUUGGCAUGUUGACGAUUUUCCAGUGAGGAUUUCUGUCUAAUUUUUAUAUAUAUUAUACGGAUUUAUAGGGUGUACCGCUAUAAAUUCUUUACCGAGGAUAAAAGUCCCUUCCAAUUUGAUUUUACGCUAAUUAUUCCACCAGCUUGAUUACAAAUAUGCUCUUCAUGGAAUUAGAAACAGUGAUCUGUUAAAUGAUCAGCAGAGAAAACAUACAACAGAUUGUGUAAAAUUGAAGAUUUCUGUUUCUACAUCACUAAAGCCGGUUCUGCCAACAUAAUGGAGGCGACAUUGUCUUCGCAACCUCCUGACACUUUACUUAUAGAUGGAAUGAACAGCUCGAUCGCGAUGUCCUCUGUAUCAUCCCCUGUCUCCCUAUCACCGAUUUCGACGUCGACGGCGUCGAUGAUGACGUCUGAUUUCGAGACCACCAUGAUGGGGUUUUUGAACGGGACAGAAGACUACCUGAACGGUACGACCUCGGGGUACUCAGAGCCGCAUUACCUUACGGUCCUGAAGAUCUUCCAGAAAUGGCUCUUGACCGUGGCCCUGGUUUGUAUUAUGCUUUCCAUGGGAGCUGUCAUCACGCUCAAUGACUUUAGAGAAACGUUUCGUCAUCCGGUCGGUUUUGUCAUCGGGUUCCUCUCCCAGUUUGUGACGAUGCCUCUUAUUUGUUUCUUGACCGCCCUCGCUCUCCGGCUGGACCCACCCUUUGCGCUGGGACUUCUUAUCAUCGGUUGCUGUCCCGGAGGGACGGUGUCGAACCUCUUUACGUUCUGGACUAAUGGUGACGUUUGCCUAAGUGUGUGCAUGACGUCGAUAUCGUGUGUUGCUGCGAUCGGGAUGAUGCCGUUGAACCUCCUUAUCUACUCGAGACGAUGGACAUCGGAGCAGACCAAAGUCCCUUUCAUGAAUAUUUUCACCACCCUCGUCACCAUCAUCGUCCCCGCUGUCGCCGGCAUGAUCGUCAGAAGAUAUAGCAUCAAAUGGGCCGACAGAGUCUCAAAGUUCGGAAGCAUCAUGGGGCUCGCGACGAUCCCAGUCUCGAUCACCCUGAUCGGCAUCAUCAACCCAGGCAUGUUCACAGCCAGCUGGGAGAUAUGGACGUCGACCGCGGCCCUCCCCUUCGUGGGCUACUUCUUCGGAUACGGCGUCGGCCGGAUCUGUCGACAACCGAGUUACAAGUGCCGGACCAUCGGGUUCGAGACCGGGAUCCAGAAUUCGGCUCUGGCAGUCACGAUCAUGCUCCUGACCUUCGCCGACACGGAUCUGCUGUAUGAUAUGCUGACUGUACCGUGUUUCUAUGGCAUCCUCAGCUUUGCUGAUUUUCUGUUUUACGUCGCGUUUUUCCGCAUUCGGGCCCGCUAUCGACGCCGCAAUGCAUCACGGGAGAAAAUAGAUAAGGAUGACGACGAAAUCGAGUAUGCUGGGAAGGAUGUGACGGGAGAGAAGGGAAAAGACAUUGAGCGUUACCAUGGCAAUGGCAUCCCGAUGCGGGAAGAACUAGACAAGAAAUAUCAGCCAAUAAAAACAGCGGGAGACGAUGACGUCACUCAUCAGUCGAAAUCUAACGGACAAUACCAAAUAAUCGGCGAAGCCGAUGACAGUAAAAAUCUGGAUAUUGCUUUAACGAUUAAUGAAGAUUAGCUAGGAUUCGUCGCUUCUAAAAUCAUAACAUUUGAUAAAUGGCGUUAUCAAGAUAUCUAUAGGGCAUGGAAAAGUGCACAUUGGUAAAGAACGGUGCGGUUGUUAAAGAAAUGCAUCAGUUGUGAAAAGUUGAGCUGGUGUUUCUUCUUUGGGGUAUCGACUAGGGGAGACGAAGAUACCCCAGGAGAAAAUAGGACAAAUUAAUUGCCGUUUUCCCCUUUUUCCUAAGAUUAAAAACAAAUCAUAUGAUAUCUACAAAUAGAAUGUACAGUGUAUACAAAUAAGGUGAAAAUUUACGACUGGUUGCCAAUAUUCAGCUGCAACUAGAAUUAUUGCUACAGGGGCCCUUUGCAGAAAGAGUUGCGUUUAAACGCAAACCAAAAAAUAAAUUGCAAGU